UUGGUCCUUUUAAACGUUACAGCUCUUUUUCUUUUUGUUCCCUUGUGCUUUCAUUUCUCUACUCCUUUUUUUCUCUAAACAUCAACAAUGAAAAAUCACUCUUUUUCUUUUUUUGGUCUGAUUUUUUGACCAAAAUUUGAUCUUUUUUCAAAACAAUUUCUUACCCUUUUUUCCUUUUUCAAAGCAGAAAAAAACCCAUCUUGAAUCUUUAAUUUUGGUUCUAUAAAUCAACUUUUCUUAGUAUUAUAAAAAAAAGGUGUCUUGAACACAUGAAUGGUGGUGUUGGUUUUAGUGUUGUUCAAGAAAUAAACUUUUUAGUCCCUUGUGUUGAUAAAAAUCCUUGGAUAUUACAUCAAAUGGAAAAUAAGUUGAAGGAUGAAACAGAGGAAUUAGUAGAUUUAGUUGGGAUUAGGGAGAAUAAUAAUAGUAAUAAUAAUAAUAAUGGAGGUACAAAGUUAUGUGCUAGGGGUCAUUGGAGACCUCAUGAAGAUUCAAAGCUUAAAGAACUUGUUGCUCAAUAUGGUCCACAAAAUUGGAAUCUCAUUGCUGAUAAACUUGAAGGAAGAUCAGGGAAAAGCUGCAGAUUGAGAUGGUUUAAUCAACUAGAUCCAAGAAUCAACAGAAAAGCAUUCUCAGAGGAAGAAGAGGAAAGACUAUUAACAGCACACAAAAUGUAUGGCAACAAAUGGUCAAUGAUUGCAAGGCUAUUCCCAGGAAGGACAGACAAUGCAGUUAAGAAUCAUUGGCAUGUCAUAAUGGCAAGAAAACAUAGAGAACAAAACAGCGUGUAUAGAAGAAGAAAGACUUCAAAUUUGCAACAAACUAUUGCUCCUAAUAAUAAUGGUAUGAUCAUCCAAAGUGAUUCAACAAUUUCUAGCAACAACAACAACAACAUUGUUGAUGAUCUUCAAAGUGAUUCAACUUGCACUGAUCUUUCACUAACUCCCUCUUCUUCUAAAGCAAUAAUUCAUCCUUUUCUCAUGACAAGAUUUAAUCAUCAUCAUGUGGAACAUCAAGGAGUCCUUGAUUCGAACAAUGGCUUGUCACAAGAGGUGAAAAUGGGCUUGUAUGGAAAGGAGCCAAUUGCAAAUUUGACUAGUGCUACUAUAGAUGAUGAAGGUCAUUAUUAUCAUCAAUAUUAUGGAAGUGGAAGUUGUAUUAAUAAUAAUAAUAUGUCAGAUACAAAUUCAGAAAUUUCAGCAUCAGACUCAGUAGCCAACAACAGGACCAAUAUUGUCAAGAUUUAUGAAGAAGAAGAUGUAAAAACUGUGCCCUUCAUUGAUUUUCUUGGAGUUGGGGCCACUUGAAAAAUUAAAUACAAGUGGGAUUUUGAGGGUUUAUUUUACUAUUACAUAGUAUAUUAUUAUGGGGAAGUAACAAUUAAUAGAAGCUAAUUAAGAGUUUGUUUUGCCAACGGAGUAGGAUUAAUUAGUUUUGUGUAACUGCUUAUAACUGUCUCUAAUUCUCUAUUAAUAGAGUUAUUUUAAAUUACUGCAAGAGAAAAAAGUUGAUCUUAGUAG